UUGUCUAGCCCCUGGGCGGUGCCUCACCCUGGAGCGCACUUUGUCUUUUUUGUUUUCUAAAACCUCAGGUUGCCGGAGCCGGAUGUUGCCUGAUCCCGGCUGCAGUGCCUGCCGGAAGGGAGUACGCAUGUGCGGGCCCGGGGCGUGGGCGGGGGGCGGGGUUGCCAGAACCGCCCGGCACUUCAUGGAAAAACCCCGUUUAGGAGAAGCCAAACGUUUUCGUUUCUUCCUAAAGCUGCUCACGGGGUCUAGCUGUGUCACUUUGGAAGAGGCUUUAAAUGUUUUUACCGGAGGUGGAAUUGGCGGAGGCGACCAACGACUUUAUUUAAUGUCGUCUUAGGUUUUUUUUGGAUGAAUAUUCCAUUCUCCCCAAAUCAAUUAAUUUUAAUAGCUUGUAUUAUUAAAUUAAGAACAAUAAUUUGAUGAAGGAGCAAUAAUGUUAAGUAGGUGGAGAACACUUAAAAUAAAAAUUUUCCGUAGUGUUUUCUACCGACAGGGCAUUGGUCUGAUGUUAUGUGGGUGGAUCCAAAUGACAGGGAGACAUCCGUGGUACCUCCCAAGGGACCAGUGCAGUCGGGGAGACAGAGUUAGCAGAUGCCAAACUGUUAGCGAAAUACAGAGCUUGUCGAGAUUGAGAUAGGGAAGGGCAUCUCUCUUGUCAGACAUUAAUAUAGUCAUGGUGGCUGUCUUUUGAUAUCUGUCUCAUAACUUCAUUUUUUCACUGUUAACGUUUAUAAAUGUACCCUCAUAAUUUCUAUGUGCUUGUUUUGAAUAGUGUAUAGCUGGGGAUUUUUUUUUUUUUUUAAUCCAAGCUGAUAAUCUCUGCCUCUUGAUUGGGAGGAGAAUGAUUAUAUUUACAUCCAUUGUCCCUACUGAGAUAGUUGUUAAGACCAAACCUUUGGAGUAAUUGCUGACUCAUCUCUUAACACUGCACAUGUGGACCCCACCUUUAAAAUACAGUUUCUAGACUCGGAAAUACUUCUCAUUCCCUUCACUUUUCCGAGUUACAUUCCUCUGUCCUGAGUUUUUGUAGUAACUGCUUAUAACUAGCCUCUCUCUGCUUUUCUCCUUUUUCAUCUUUCAGUCUUUUUGAAGCACAGCUUCCAGAGUGAUCCUCCAAAAGUGUAAAUCAGUCAUUUUCCCUCAAAAAAUGAUCUGGCCCUGCUUCACCUCUGCUCUCAUUUUAUUAAUCUCCUGUUUGCUCUACCAGAUGGCUUCUUCAAGCACAUUCUAGCCUCAGGAUAUUUGCACUUGCUCUUCAUGGAAGGGAAACCCCAGUGGUGUGGUGGUUAAGUGCUAUAGCUGCUGUAACCAAAAGGUUGGCAGUUGGAAUCAACCAGACGGCCCUUGGAAACUCUAUGGGGCAGUUCUACUCUGGCCUAUAGGAUUGCUGUGAGUCGGUUUCGACUCCACAGGAACGGGUUUGGGUUUUUUUUUUGGUUCUUGGAAGGAGUCCUGGUGGUGCAGUGGUUAAAAGCAAUCCACUGCUAACGAAAAGGUUGGUGGUUCAGAACCACCAGCAUGUAGCUCAUCGGGAGAAAGAUGUGGCAAUCUGCUUCCGUAGAGAUUUAUAGCCUUGUUUCCAACACUGUGGUGUCGCUAUGACUCAGAAUUGACUCCUCAGCAGUGUGUUUUGGUUUGGUUCCUGGAAGGCUCUCCCCUAUAUUUUAAUGCCUAACUCCCUUGUCUUUGAAUAGCACCUUCUUAGGCUUCUCUGACUCUCUUUUUAUCCUUAGAUACAUUGCACUCAAUAUUGUGCUUAUUUAACAUUUGACCUGCUAUGUAAUUUAUUCAUUUAUCUGGUUUAUUAUGUUUCCUCCACUAGGACAGAAGCUGUCCCCAGUGCCUAAAACAGUGUCUGACGUUUAGUAUGCAUUCUGUAAGGUAAAUUAAGGAGCCCUGGUGGCGCGGUGGUUAAGAAGUACAGUGAGCUACAGCUGUUAACCAGAAGGUCGGCAGUUCGAAUCCACCAGCUGCUCUUUGGAAACCCUGUGGGGCAGUUGUACUCUGUCCUAUAGAGUCGCUAUGAGUCGGAAUGACUCUAUAGCAGUGGGUUUUUUUUUUUUUUUUUUUGUAAUAGAGCCGCUAUAAGUUGGAAUGAAUCGACUGCAACAAGUUUGCUUUUUGGCUAUAAAGUUGAAUGAAUUUUUUUUGGCAUUUUCUACCAUCUUACACUUUCUAUGAUUUUUUUUUUUUUCCUUCUCCUCCCUUCUUGCUCUUUAAAAAUGUUUUUAAAAGUUUGCUUUUUUGUUGAUUCUUUUCCCUUUCUGCUUGUUCGGAAACUGUGUUACUCUAUAUCCUCUUAUUUCUGUUCUUAUAGUGGUUAACCUUUUAAUUUUACAGUGCUUACUUAAUUGGUUCUAAUCGGAGUCUUAAACCUGCAGCACAGUGCAUAUAUUUUACCUUUAAGCUGGUGAUUUUAUAGAGGCUUCCUUGAUCAUCUCAUUACUUAUUUCUAUAGUAUGUGAUUGUUCAACAAUAAAACUAGCAGUUGUUACUAUUUUCUGGUGGUUUUGAUUUUUUCCUUUGUUUAAGUCAACUCAACAUACAUUUUAAUAGAAUAUCAAGCAUUUAGCACUUCAAGAUUUAUAGAAGUAUAUGAUGCUUUUCUACCUCAGCAUCUUGCUACCAAUAUGUACAGGAGAUACAGUUAGAAAACAAUGUGAGGAGAUAAAUUAAGUGUGAAAUGAAUAAUAUCCAGAAAGGAGUUAGGGACUACCAGAAAGGGGGAUACACUUUUGAAAGACCUGGUGGUAUUUGAAUAUGUGUAGAAAAGGGCACAAACUUAUAGCAUCAUCUUUUAACUUUUAUUCUCUUUCUUAUAGUUUUGUCAUAAAAACUGGGUUUGAUGUAGAUUUAGGUCAUUGGUUGUAGACAGAAGACAUGCUAUAGCCUCUGCAGAUCUGCCUAACGCUUUUUGGAGGAGCUACUAAACACGAUGUGAGAUAAUUCAGUACUGUGAGUAUUAGGUACAACUUAGAUACAGGCCUUGACCUUGGGCAUGAAGUGAAUAAAAGGACAACAAACAGAUUUGUUUAAAAUUGGGCUAAAUAGCUGGAAAUUGGUUCUUUUUGGGUGGCAAUUAAAAAGCAAAAUGACAUUUUUUCCCUUUAAUGUUUAAAGCGAUUUCCCUGUUUGUUUAUUUAGUUUCCCAACUGAACCUCCAAGUUGAUGGAAACCCUCUUACAUUUCCCUACAGGUAGUCCCUGAUGUAACCACAUUUGAGAUCUUAUAUUUUGGUUCCUGGCUGUAUUAUGAGUGACACUUUGACAUUAGAUGUCAUUGGUCGAAGAGUUGAAGUUAAUGGAGAAUAUGCAACAGUGCGUUUUUCUGGUGUUGUCCCUCCUACAGCAGGACUCUGGUUAGGAGUAGAAUGGGACAACCCCGAGAGAGGAAAGCAUGAUGGGAGCCACGAAGGGACUGUGUAUUUUAAAUGCAGGCACCCAACAGGCGGAUCCUUUAUCCGUCCCAACAAGGUAAAUUUUGGAGUAGACUUUCUUACUGCAGUUAAGAACCGCUAUGCGUUAGAAGACGGACCAGAGGGAGACAGAAAAGAGCAAGUUGUUAUAAUUGGAAAUAAACCUGUAGAAACUGUUGGUUUUGACUCUAUUAUAAAACAGCAAAGUCAGCUGAGCAAGUUGCAAGAAAUCUCUCUGAGGAACUGUGCAGUGAAUUGUGCUGGUGAAAAAGGAGGAAUUGCUGAAACAUGUCCUAAUAUUAGAAAGUUAGACUUGUCAAGAAACCUGUUGUCCUCAUGGGAUGAAGUGAUACGUAUGGGGGACCAGCUUAAACACCUGGACGUCCUUAAUCUCAGUGAAAAUAAACUGCAGUUUCCCUCUGGUUCACCAUCUCUAAUAGGAAUGUUUUCUGCACUGAAGGUUUUAGUCCUUAAUCGGACAGGAAUAACAUGGGCUGAGGUGCUCCAGUGCGCCCCUGGGUGGCCAGUCCUUGAGGAACUGUACCUUGAGUCUGACAAUAUUUUCAUUUCAGAAAGGCCGACUGAUGUCCUGCAGAUGCUCAAGGUGUUAGACCUGUCUAGUAACCAAUCAGUUGGUGAGAACCAGCUGUUUCUAAUAGCACAUCUGCCCAGAUUAGAACAACUAAUCCUCUCUGACACUGGAAUUUCUUCUAUACAUUUUCCGGAUGCUGGAAUCGGGUGCAAAACAUCAAUGUUUCCUUCCUUGCAAUACCUUGUAGUAAACGAUAACCAGAUAUCACAAUGGUCAUUUAUUAAUGAAUUAGAUAAGUUGCAGAGUCUGCACUCUCUGUCCUGCGUAAGAAACCCCCUGACUGAAGGAAACAAAGAUGCCCAAACUAUACGCCAACUCAUUAUUGCCAAAAUUGGUCAGCUGAAGACACUGAACAAAUGUGAGAUUCCCUUAGAGGAGAGGCGUGGAGCUGAGCUUGAUUAUCGGAAAGCCUUUGGAAAUGAGUGGAAAAAGGCUGGUGGGCAUCAGGAUCCAGACAAAAACAGACCAAAUGAAGAAUUUCUUGCAGCCCAUCCCAGAUUCCAAUUACUCUGCCUCAAAUAUGGUGCACCUGAAGAUGAGGAACUCAAAACACCACAACCAUUUAUGCUCAAAAAUCAGCUACUAGAGCUGACGAUAAAAUAUCCUAAUCAACUUGAUCAAAAAGUCAUAGAGAAAAAAUUGCCAGUCUCCAUGACAAUUCAGAAAGUGAAAGGAUUGCUGUCACGUCUUCUAAAAGUUCCUGUGUCAGAACUUUUGUUGUCCUAUGAAAGUCCUAAAAUGCCAGGCAGAGAAUUUGAACUAGGAAAUGACCAACAGACAUUACAGUUUUAUUCUGUGGAAAGUGGAGACUGUCUAUUAGUACGAUGGUAAUAGCCAACUAUAAAAUUCAGAGGCCAGACUGUUUCUUGUGACUGGGGCUCCCUGGAGUUAAUUACUGAAACAAUUCUACUGUCAAAAAAAUACAGGGUUCUACAGCUUGCCCUAAAGUAUAGAAAAGGUUGACGUUUUCAUUGGAAAGAGACCAUUCCCAGGCUUGUAUAUAAUAAUAAAGGCUUUGUACCUACUGAUUUUGAUUUUAUUUCAUAUUUCUCUUUACAGUUCAUCACUGCAUUGCAUUAUGUGAGGAUUUAAAUAUUAACUAGAAACUAGCUAGCCUAAUGUAGUCUGAACACAGUUAAAGACUAGUUUUAAUGGAAUUCUCUAUUGAAACUGCUGUUUUAAAAGUUUACUAACAUGAUUUGGUUGGUCAUCUUGGGAAAGGUCCCUUAAACUCAGGGAGGCCCACCCUCUACUAUUUAUAACAUAGAUGCUAUUGUAUCUCUUCUUAGUUGCACUAUAUUUAGAGUACUUUGAAAAAAAAAUCACAUGCUAUACCUAAAUUGAGUGUAUCUUCAUACAUCUUUCUAUAGAUUACCAUCUUUGAUUGAAAUUCACUUACAUUAGGUAAACAUUCGGCAAUGAUAGGAGGAAAGCAGAGUUAAUUCCUUCCAAGUGUCAACUACUUAGAAUUAUCCUUCCCUACAGCGCUAAGCCCUGAGAGUUGUAUACUUAUACUCACAAAAAUUUAGUAUUUUUUUUAUAGGAGUACUAAGCUAUGCACUUCAGCAUUUAUGUUAAAUGGCAAAAGAAAAUAAAUAAACCUCUUUAAAACCAAGGUCCAGAACUGAGAAUUGUAUCGGUUUCUUUUCAAGUUGUCCACUUCAUUCAGAGGAUCCACAAAAUCUAACAUUAUUUCCAGAAAUCCCCAAACUUUGGUAUGACUACUGCACAAAGUGAUCACACAGCAUUUCUGUGAGUUCUUUUGUCCCUUAAUCGCCCUUAUUGGACUGUACAGAGCUCUUCUGCAGUCCAGGCUGAAAUUCACUCAGUUUCUACUUAAGCUUUCUGAAAUAGGCCAAGUUUUAACCAUUAACUAAUACAUUCUAUUAGUUAGAAACAACAUACUAAGGUUUAGAAAUAUUUUUCUAUUAUAAACAAUUUGAUAUUUUUCAAAUAUUCCAAUAUAUAAGUAAAAUUUUUUCUUAUGCUACAGUAUCAGUUCAUUUUUAAAGAGGAAAUUUUGUGCAAACAUUAAGAAGUACCACAUUGGUUACUGGUCCAAGUGCCAGCCUAGAACUAUCCUGAAGGACCACAUAACCUCAGGCUUUCCUUACUUACACUCAGAUUAUUAUUCGCCUUACCCUCAUCUUUAAACACUGCUCAUUAAAACCAUAAUUAUCUUGCUUCGCAUUUACAAGGAUCACCGCACAAUUCCUUGAGUUUCCACAGUUCUGUGAGCUCCUGUGGGGAAUACUGAGGGGAAGACAACAUGCCAGUUUCACAAGUCUUCUCACACAACCAGAGGCUGUCCUAUUGGAAGACAAAACAAAACCUGAUUUGAGAGUUGUGAAACUGUUGUAAGAGACAGAAAACCUGCACAUAAGCAACUUAGAUAUUCUAAUGAAGUUAAAAUUAUUUCAAAGACAACUCAGAUAGUCAAGGUACAUGCAAACUCAACUCCUGAGAACUACGGGGCGGUACCCAUGAUCCUGGAAAGUACCGUGUGGUUGAUUAAAACAAACGAUGGAGUGUGCAUGGAUUAAGAGUUAGCAAAGGGAAUCCCAUAAACAGAAAAUUUGGGAAUCGCAAAUGGAGAGUUUCCCGUUAGAGAAAAGAUGGUUAUGUAGUCGUAUAAUACUGCCAAGCGAUACAUCUGUUCAGUACAACAUGGCUCAAAUUCUAAUACAGGAAUAGAUCUUAUUAAUAUUUAAAAUUCCUUCUAUUAAUAUUUCUUAGAAUUACUACCAGUGACCAUUCUGACGGAAGGCUUACAAUAUUCUGGGGGACUGUAUUAAAACCAAAAAAACCCAUUGCUGUCGAGUCGGUUCCGACUCAUAGCGACCCUGUAGAACAGAGUAGAACUGCCCCAAAGAGUUUCCAAGGAGCGCCUGGUGGAUUCAAACUGCCAGCCUUUAGGUUUGCAGCUGUAGCUCUUAACCACUAUGCCACCAGGGUUUCCUAAGUGCUUUAUAAUAUCUCACUUAAUUCUCACAAUAACUCUGUGAGGCAGCAAUUAUUUCCCUUUUAGAAAUGAGAAACUAAGGGAGAUUAAGUACCUUGCUCAAGGUCAGGGUAAAUUAGGUAGGAGCGGUUAAAAUAGAUGCCUGUCAGAUUCAUAAGCCCAAGAUCAUAACCACUAAACUACUUCCUAGUUAGGGGAACUGGCAUGUUUCCAGCAAUACAGCAAAAUAAAUGCACAGAGAUACCCAUUCAAUUAGAAAACACAAAACGGUAGACAAAAAACUAUCCUUUCUAAAGCAUGGCUGAAAGGAAAAGAAACAGGAGCAGGGCAAAGUGCCGGAGUUAGCGUGUGCCUUGAGGACAUCUGAUGAUUCUCCGGUUUUAGAAGGCCACACCCAGGGGCAGGAGCCUGACCAGAAACUCCCACAGAAAGCUAGGAUCCCAGAGAGGCGAUACCCUCCGUGGGUGUGGAGGAGAACAACACUUUCUGUAAGAGGGGCCUGUCUGUGGCAGCUUGACCCUGGGUGGAAUGGGGAAGUCUCCCCUGGGCAUCGGUAACCACAGCCUACGCUAAGGUAGGCAUGGAGCUGGUUGUCAGUCUUCGUGGAGCCCCAAAGGUCCCAAGCCUGAAAUUCAAAGUGUUCAUAGAUGGUAGUGUCCGCAGGUGCACGGCCGAAAAACAUGUAAAUCCCCCCUGCAGGAAUGCAUUUUAAAUAAAGGCUCAGUUUCUAAAGAUGAGCUCACAACACAAAAGAAAAAGUCUCUAAAUACAUCAGUAAACAAGCUCCGUGAAUGCUCCAUGAACGGAAGUCAGUGGGAACAACUACACAAUCAGACCUGCGUAACUGCCGGUCGGUCUCAGAGUGACCAGAUACAGAAAAUAAUUAUAUUCAGUUUUAAAGAAGUUAAAGAAGGGACUGAAGAUAUGACAGAGUAAGACUGUCAAAGCCAACGAGUAGAGAUUUGGGUUUAUUUCUUGUUCAGCCCUGGACAGACAGUAAACUGCUUUGGAGUUCCAGGUCUCUGCAGGGCCUCCACUGAGCAGGUGCCCCACUUUGUCUUCUGCCCCCUGCACAUUCUAUGGCCAAAGUGAAAGCUGAAAAGAAUCCAGAAUUCCACAGAAAUCUCUGAGGCAAAAGCUUAGCUUUGUGCUUACUUUCUCCCAGGGUUCCCACUUCCCAGUUUUGGUCUCUGUGGAUUCAUUUCUUUUUUUCUGCCACAAUAUAUAUUUUAAAAGAUGUUUUACAAUAGUGUACCUAGUAUUUUAUUUGUAUUAGAAGUGUCAUUCAGGACUUUUAGACUGCAUACUGCCAGAUACUUCAGUCAACUGAUUCUUAAGUUUUAAGGCUGUGAACUAUUUCUGAUCAAAUAUAUAAAACCUUCUUUGUGGGUGGGGGAACUUUCACUCAAAAUAUUUCCUUUUGGUUUAGACUCAUGAAAACACUGUAGGAGAAGUAAGUAACCCAAGUGAUUAUGAAUUAAAUCAAGAACAUACUUAUGAUGCUAGAAGAGCUUCAUUUCAUUGUUUCUGCCCAAGGUUUGAUAUUCAUCAUAUAGAAACCUUACUUCUUUAACCAUGAUGCCAGCCCGGCCCGCCCCCACUUCAGGCUUGCUUACCUGAUACCUUUUAGGUCCUAUAGCUGCCAUCCAAAUGCCCAUGCUCACAUCUUCACCCUAUACACGUCCCAUGAAGUUUAAACACAAAAGUUUAAAUGCUAUUUCAUCUGUAAAGACAAUGCCACACCCACUCCCAUAAUAAAUAAUUGAUUUCUCUGUCUUAUAAUUAAUAAGAAAUGCCAAACAUGGAUUAAACUUUAUACACCAAAAGAAGAGCUACAUAUGGAAGAGCUAGUGGCUGUUAACAGGAAACACCCAUACCAGAAUGAAAUGAGAAGACUACACCUAGGAGAGAAGACAGCCUACUCUUCCUCCAGGGAUUAUACUUGUAAAUAUAGGCUGAAAACAUAAAGUAGGCUCAAGAAAUAGAAUUUAGAGCCAAGAUUUGAGGGGUAGUGGGAGUGUGUCACUAACCUUUGAGGAAUGAUUCCUCUAUAGAAAGAAUAACGUGAUUUUCCCAACAUAGGUUGGCUUUGCUUUCAGUGAUAGGAUACUGGGCUAGAUUAAACUUGGUCUGAUGAGUGGACCCUUAGGUAGGAACCCUUAAUUACCUGAUAGGUCUUUAAUCUCUCUGAAUUGCUUGCCAGCCAGUGGACAAUGUCUCUGGAGAUAACAUAACCUGAGCCACAUGCAAAGGCAGGGUAAGCAGGACUGGGAUACUCUAACUCCUGCCAUUUCCCAGUUCGGUCAACUGCCCAAUUCAAUCUGAAACUGAGAUUAAACAUCAUUUGGCUUCGUUGUUUUGUUCUGACAUAUAUCCUACCACUUGACUCCUUUAUUAUCAUUAUAAAGGGUAAGAGAUUUGCCAGUUUGCUUGUAGAAGCAAGGGAAGAUGAAUGAGAAAAUAUUUUCUAAUCUAAGGAAAGGAAUUAGCACUUAGCCAGUAAAUGUUUUAUAGAAGAGACUGGCAUAUUCUCUCAUAGCAUUUGUUGAGUUUCUGAAUGGAAAGUAUCAGAUCACUCUGUAUACAAAACCCACCCCCCCCCAAAAAAAACCUCCCUGAUAGAUACUGUAUUCCUGAAGAAGCAUAGAAAAUGGUUUCAGAGAUGUGCCGCAAUUUAUUCUAAAAUAAAAUGUAUCACAGCUUCUCAUUUGAGUACCACUUAUUUUUAGGGGGUAAGGAUAAAAGCCACAUUAUAUUAGCCUGAGAUUUUUCAUUAAUUUUUUUUUCCUCUAAUUGUAAAGUAAUAAAAUACAGCAACCUAUGAGACCAAUAGGAAAGUUUCAUAUCUCAGCCACAUUUUCUCAUGAAAAAUGACUGGCAUACUUAAUUCUAAAUUAAUUAUAUUUGAUCAGGUACAUGAAAGUCAAUGGACGAAAAAUGUUCAACUUACUUUCCCCACCAAAAAUUAGGCCCAUCUAGAUUUUUCUGGGCAAUUCUGUUAAACACAGCUUCUAAGUCUAUGUAACAGUCGUCAUCUGUCUUCAGCAGUAAAUCGAAACUAGUUGUUUCCACAGUCC